AUGGCCAACAGCCCAAAGAGUCGAGAUGGCCAUGAUCACUUCAUUGGAAGCCUCGACGACAUCCCCCUGACAAAUUUCGGAAAUGAAGAAUAUGGUACAAAUAAAACACCACAAUAUCCGUCACUGCUCAAGUUCAUGCCGGUGUUUAUUGGACUAUGCCUCCAAUCAUUCUGUACAGCUUUGGAUAACACUAUCCUUUCAACAGCCAUUCCAAGAAUCACAGAGCAAUUCAACUCUCUUCAGGACAUAUCAUGGUAUGCGAGCGCGUAUCUCCUCACAGCGUGUAUUUUCACACUCCCAUUCGGCAAAACAUACACACACUACUCCACAAAAUGGACUUAUCUGAUCGCACUCGCUCUAUUCGAAGCCGGAUCAUUGAUCUGCGCCAUGACACCAAGUUCAAACGGGCUGAUAUUUGGAAGAGCCAUAGCCGGCAUAGGUUCUGGUGGACUAUCACCUGGGGCUCUUCUUGUACUUGUGAAUAGUGUACCACUCCAUCGUCGGGCUUUAUACUUUGGAAUAAUCGGCAGUACCAGUGGUAUUGCGACAAUUACCGGACCGAUGAUAGGAGGUUUACUAACAGACAGAGUCAGCUGGAGAUGUUGUUUCUAUAUCAACAUCCCACUUGGUGUGAUAACUGCAAUUUUCAUCGCUCUCUUUUUCAAGGAUUCAAUACGACCAAAAGACUUGGAUUUUGAAUCUGGAAAAAUCACUAAGCUCAAGCGAAUGGAUCCACUCGGAAUCCUGUGUUUUAUUCCCGCCAUAAUCUCAAUAUUGCUGUUUCUACAAUGGGGAGGCACCACAUAUGAGUGGUCAAAUGUACGCAUCAUCGUGCUUUUGGUUAUAUUUGGAAUAUUUGCUUCCGCGUGGUGUUAUAUCCAGGUAUUGAGACAAGAAGAAGCUACAGUGCCACCCCGACUACUUAGAAACCGAAAUGUACUUGGAGCUGUCCUCCACGCUAUCUUCCUAGGAGGCUCUUUCUUCGUGUUCGGAUACUAUCUUCCAAUCUGGUUCCAAGCUAUUGAGGAGGUGUCAGCAUCAGAGUCUGGAAUCAGCACACUGCCAAUGGUUGUCUCUAUGAUCAUAUCUUCUGCAUUGGGAGGACUCCUCGUCAACUUCGUGGGAUAUUACACACCACUCAUGUUCCUCGGCAGCACACUUCUAGCAGUCGGCUUUGGACUAUGCACAACAUUCCAAGUUGAUACACAGAGCAGCAAAUGGAUAAGCUACCAGGUCAUUAUCGGCCUAGGAGCCGGAGUCGGAUUCCAACAAUGUGUCAACGCCCUUCAAACCGUUCUACCGCUGCACGAUAUACCCAUAGGCAUGGCUAUAAUAACGUUUGCGCAAAGCCUGAGCGGCGCAGUCUUUAUUUCCAUAGCGCAAAAUGUCUUCCAGAACAGGUUGGUGGUGAAUGUUGCCAGAUAUGCUCCAACUGUCAACACCAAAGCUCUGAUUGAAGCCGGUGCAGCGAAUUUAUCUGGGAGAUUCUCUGAAGAUUUACUUCCUUCUGUGCUUCAUGUAUACAAUCUUGCUGUUACUCAGACCUUCUAUGUAUCAGCAGCUGCGGCGGCAUGCUCGUUCAUGGGAGCGGGACUUGUUCAGUGGAAGUCGAUGAAAGAUACACAGAAGAAUUGA